AUGGUCAUUAUUAAAAAAAAUGGCUGGUGAGUAGCAAACUAGCCCUGCCAACGUUCGUCGUUAGAUAGUUGUUUAUUUUUCUGUUUACAAUCAUGUCGUUUUCAGAUUUAUACGCAAAAUAUAAUUGUACCUAUUGCCAAGAAGAAAUAAACGGUGUACGCGUGAAAUGCGCGGAAUGCGUCGAUUUUGAUAUUUGUUUGCAGUGUUUUUCUCUUGGCGCUGAAAUUGGAACACACAAAAAUGAUCACUCCUAUCAAUAUAUGGACUCUGGAGCAUUUGGGAUAUUCCUGGGACGAAGUAGUUGGUCUGCAAAUGAAGAAGUUAGAUUACUAGACGCAAUAGAACAAUUUGGUUUUGGAAAUUGGGAAGAUAUAGCUAAACACAUAGAAACACGGACACCAGAAGAGGCCAAAGACGAGUAUAUCACCAGGUACUUGGAAGGCAGUAUUGGCAGAGCGACAUGGGGUAAUUUAGAAAGCACAAGCCGCCCCUCCUUAAACACUGGUGACAAAGAUGAAGGUCCACUGGGUCCCAGUGCAGUAUCCCGUCUCCCACACCUCGCAGUCACCACCGAUGAAGCCGCACAAUUAGGAUAUAUGCCAAACCGAGAUGAUUUUGAAAGGGAGCAUGAUCAUGAAGCGGAACAGUUGAUUUCAACUUUAUCUCUAAAUCCUGAAGAUGAUGAGUUGGAUAUUGCCCUAAAGUUAUCACAAGUGGAUAUUUACACUCGACGGCUGCGAGAAAGGACCAGGAGAAAGCGCUUGGUGAGGGACUAUCAACUUGUGUCGGUGUUCUUCAACAACCAGAGGAAUAAGCAGAAGACGCUUGGAAAACUUGCCAAAGAGAAAAAAGAGUUCACGGAGCGCGUGCGUUGGACGGCGCAGUUCUACGGGCGCGGCGAGCAGCUGGGCGUGGUGGCGGGGCUGUGGCGCGAGCGCGAGCUGCGCGUGCGCCUGGCCGAGCUGCACCGCUACCGCCUGGCCGGCGUCACGCGCGCCGAGGAGUGCGCCCACUACGACCAGCACGCCGCCAUCCGCCGCCACGCGCCGCCACACGUGAGACCCCGCCUGCUGGGCAGCAGUGGGUGCCUGGAAACCAAUCAGACAAAAGAGCAAACGCAGAACAGCACGCAGCCGCAAAGAAAAAGAGACGGAGAAAGCGGCUCAAGUUCCACCAGCCCAAGGUGCACACGGGACGGAAGUACCGCAUGUGGAUGCUCCAAAAAGAGCUCAUGCAGCAACAGCAACGGCGCAUGCUCGAGGCAUCUGCUGACCAAUAAUGAAAUACAGCUGUGUUCUGCGCUGAGCCUGCCGCCGGCGCAGUACGUGACGAUGAAGGGAGUGUUGCUGCGCCGGCCGGCGGCCGCCGACGCCGACGUGGACAUCGCCGUGCGACACUACCUGCACUCCGCCGGGUGGAUACGUAACUAAACCAACACCCUGUUUCUCAACCACGUACGACUUACACAUUUAGCGCGCUGUCUAAUCACUUCGUCCCUUUGAGGUUGAUGCCCGAAAUUGAUAAUUCAGUACUUUAAUCCGACCAGAGGAUCUAGUGCGAGUUUGCUUUACGUUUACGCUAUUGACACGUUUAUGCUUUUCGGCCCUCUGAUUGGCCAGCUCCAAUUAACCAACCAAUCAGAGAGCUAAAUAAAGUAACGUUUCGAUCGAACGAAUGUAGAAACCUCGCACCAGGGUCUCAAAAUACUAGUCAAAUAGUCAGCCCGAAGUGUCGAAACAAAAACCUUAAAGACUGUAUUAUUAAUUUCGGGCAUAAAUUCCAACAAUAUUUAUUGAAUAGGUGUUAUAACCGUUGAUUUUCUACUAUGUAAUCUCUUGUUAUCUCCCUCCAAUUCUUAACGACAGGUCAUCGAAUUAAGUCUAGUGUUUGUUAUAGUUUGAACACGUAACUAGUUGAAGUCUAGCAAUGCACUGAUAGAUCGCUAGAUAUAUUAUAGGUGUUGAUAUAAUACUGUUACAGUAACUAAACAAGCCUUUUAUAGCGCAUAUUAAAUCCUUCAUUGUUCCUUUGAUGGCGCGCUUAAAGCGACUUAUAAAUGUACAAAGUUAAUACAGUCAUACAUUGGUUGUGAAACAGGAAUUUCUGUCGUAUUCAUAGCUAUAACUAUUGUUUCAUACUUAUAUCUCUAAGCACUUGUUGAAAUUUUCAUAGGAGACAUUUAAGUCGAUAUGGAUAGACAUUUUUAUGAAAUUGACAUAUUGAACACUUGGGAACCAUCGUCAUUUUUUUAAGUCCUUUUAUGACUAUCAUAAGCCAAUCAUCAAUCUCAUCUUUUCGCGAUGUUAAGCGAGAAUUAUGUAUAUUGCUGUUUACAGUAUAUUUCCAUCUCUAUCUUGCUUUAUAAAAUACGAUAUGAGUAAAAGAGACGGCAUUAUUUCAGUCAAAAUCAUACAAUGUCUAUUUAUCUCGCCUAUAGUAAGAUGUUGCGUAUAUUCAAAGUUAUGCAGUCUAGGUGCUCGUUAUGUUUUAUAGGUAUUAGUGUUCAUUAACAAGUUUUUUAAAUUACUUAUACAGAAAAAUACAUAAUAUUUUUUCUAUUCCUACCGUGUUACUUUUCGAUUGUUUCCUUGCAUAUUCAAUACAUAAAAGUUUCUUGCGAUUUUCCGUUGGCGCCACUGUAGUUUUUGGGCUUGUACGAACUGCAGUGUUUAGGAAAUGUGUAUUGAACUUGUUUCAAAAGUAGUAAUCUACUUCUUCUUAUUAUUACUUAUACCAUGAUGUGUAUAACUUUUUAAUACAUAAUGCGUUGUAAUAUUGUUUCUUAUUAGUUAGUUAAAUUGACACUUUUGUCAAUGUAUCAUUUUGCACGAAGGUAACCUCAUGUAAGACUGCUCUUAUAGAGCAUUGUAAAUAAUGCCAAUGUAAAUAUGUAUUGUUAUUUUUUAUCACCCGACUGUACGACGCUAACUUAAAAAGCUAACCGUCACAUUUAGAGUCAUUUAAUGGUUACUUAACCCAGUCCUUAGCAACAUUUUUCUGAACAAAAUCGUUACUAAGGAAUAGUUUAAGUAAUCAUUAAAUGUCUUUGAGUGCGGCAGUAAGUUAUACGUUAUGUCACGGCUACUUGAUAGUUUUAUCUGAGAAAUGUCCAUAAAAUACGUAGAUUAUGUCUGGGGGAGACUAAUUACGAUUAAUUUAUAAUUCUGUACUGAUUGUACGAUGAUAAAUUUUACAUAAAAUUUAUAUGCGAAAAUCAACCUUACAAAUUAGAUAUGCGAAAUUCAAUCUUUCCCCCUUACAUAUUAAGUUCUUAUUGCCCUGUACAGUCGGGUGUUACUUUGUUUGAGUGUUCGAUGCCUUUCCCAACAAUAACAGCAAUAAAGAGCAUUGUGUUUUGAUGGCCGACAAUAUGUAUAUUGUAUGUUUAGGCAUUUUCAAAAGAUAACGUACAAAUUAAACUGAAAGUGUAAAGCAAUCUCGAAUGAUUUCGUGUUGUGAAUAUAAAUAUGUGAAAAAAAUAUAAAUAUGUACUAGAAAAGUUGAUUCUUCGCAAAUAUCAAUAAUGUCUAGUAAUCGUAGAUUGAGUAAACCAGAGCUCUAGUGCUUACUAAAACGUUUUAAAAGGAGAUGUGCAUUUGUUGAAAGCCUUCCAACGGCCAUCGGCCCGUGUCAUAUUGUCAUAGAAAAUGAUUCCACAUAAAAAUAGAUAUUUUUUAUCAAUUGUUAGCCCCAAUAAUAUUGCCAAUCUAUUAUACUGAACUCCAUUUUAAACGCCUUCCAAUUUGAAUUCUAUUUUGUACACAUAAAGGUAUUAAGCAAAAUGAUAUUUGCGAAACCAAAUAUGUAUAUAUGGUGCAGUCUUUUAUAUCCUUUAUCUUAUACGCUGUAGAAUUCAAAAUAGCUAAUAUUGUUGAAAGUUCUUGUGAGCACAUUUAGUUCUUGUGUCUUAAGGCAGAUGGCGCAACCUUCUCGUCACGUAUACGCGUUUUAGUUAAUUAUUUGUUGCAUUGCAACUUUGUAUGUGUCCGAAGGUACCAUACUGUUAGCUAAUUCCUAGUUAUAGUAAGUAAAUAUCUACAUUUAAAUACAGCACAAUAGUAUUCCGUUACGGUGUGUAACACAUAGAGUACCUGAUGGCUCCUUGUGACACUAACCAAAGUAGUAAUAAGGUUUAUUUUAGCGAAGCAAAUGAUACUUCAAUAACUGUCAAAACACACUAUAUUCUGUCACAUCACUCGUUCGUACUUUGUCAAAUUAUUUUGGACUUUAUUAGUUGGUAUUAAAAUCGUUUUGGUACUAUUGCAAUCUGGUAAUACCUCUGCUCACCUUAUUAGGGAGCUUUGUCUAGUAUGUAACGAAAAGUAGCGACUAGUAAAUGUUUAGACACCUACAAUAGUUUACUAGUUGCACUAUAAUAAAUGUGGUAGAAGCUAUUUAGUGUGUUUUGAUUUAAAAAAGAUGAGGUGUACGCCAACACGUGACGUCAUUGUCACUUUUUGGUAAAAAAUAACUAUUCGGUGUGAUUGGGAUAUCUUAUAUUUGUUGAUAAAUAUCAAUUUAUGUCAUGUUUUUCGUGAAAUAAAAUAAUAAAAUGUAUAAUAAAUUUCUACAUCGAAGUCCAAUGUUACUUAACUUUCGAUUAGUUGUAACAAUGGCUGUGUUAGAUCGAUAAUUUGUGUUACUAUAUUUAAUCUGAAUUUAUAGUAAUGUCGUACAUUAAAUAAGGCUAAUGUUUUCCCUCAUAUAAUAUGGAAAUAAAGACAAAAUUGUGAAAGUUUAGUAGACUUCCACGCGAUUUUAAAAGUUGUAUGUUUGUGAAGUUAUAUAAUUUUGAUCUCUCUUAAUGUUUAUCUGCAUUUUAUUAUGAUUAUUAUUUAAAAGUAUAGUUUUAUUUAUUAACGGAACUAGGUUUCUCCGAUAUGAUUCCAAAAAAUAAAGUAGUUAAGAUUAACAUUUCCUAUCAUUGAAUUGAAUGUGUGUGCUUACUUACGGGAUCGUGAGCUGCGAAGGAAUUAAGUAUUUUAUUGAUUUAGUAUGAUUGUAAAUUCUUGCAAUAAAUUCUUCCAUAUAGUAAACGUGGAUGAUUUUACCAUUAUUUUCGUAUUUAUGGGUAGUUAACGUGUGGUAAUGCAUGGUAUAUUAGGCAGUGUAUGAGUCACUAGUGGUUGGUUCGUGUAUCUGACUGUGUCGCCUUUCUUAAGAUAUUUUCUUAGCGGUUAAUUAAGGGUAUCUCUGUGCAUUCACUGUUUGGCUCAAAUGUACAUAAGAUUUAAAGUACAACUUGAUAUUGUAAUUAUUACUGAUUUAUAAUUUAAUUAAAUGGUAAAUACAUUAUAA